GACAAAGUUGGUUGAAAUCCUGUGUCAUGUUGACAGAAUGUAUGUGAGAAUCAGGAGAGAGGUCUUUAAGACUCGUGACGCAUACAAAUACUUGAAACUAGGCACCUGUCCUGUUAACAAAGGUACCAAAGAACAUUACUACCUUGAGUACCUUCUGAGAACUGACUGUGGAUUUGAGAAAAAGAGUCAUCCAGAUUAUCUGUCCUUUAGCAAUGUGCUCCACUACAGGCCAACUGGUCCAGUUUUAAGGGAAAUGCCAUUUGAUAUUCCCCUGAACUGUAACUAUCCCAGGUUUUUCCACUCCUAUAAAGUUGGCUUCUAUCCUGAUCGCAUGGGUGCAGUUUUCAAACGACUCCAACCUAAAACUAGUUUCACCCUUACUCCUCAAGAUGCAUCAGGUAAUGAAAUCACUGGAACCAAAACCUUCACCUUGGGCGAGCCGAUGUACUUUGAGGCCACGCAACCUGACCGCACUGCACAGUUGGGAGGCCAGAGGAUAUACAUCGACAAGUGCUUUGUGACAGCCUCCCGAGACCCCAAUUCAAAUCCUCGAUAUACGGUCGUUGACAACCAAGGGUGCAUGAUUGAUGGCAAAGAGAACGAACAGUCAAGGUUCCUCGCUGGCGCCUCAGAGAUGGUCCAGAAAUUCAGUCUGGGUGCCUUGAUUUUCAAGAAUGGCGUUUCCGCUUCCUCCUCACAGCAACUCUACAUGCACUGCGAGAUCUCUGUGGGGACACGUACUCCAACUCAGGGCUCAAAGGCUUGCAAUUAUGAUCCAGCGACCAAAACGUGGAAGGAGCUGUACUCUGAUGACUCCGUGUGCACCUGCUGUGACUCGACCUGCUCCUUGGCACAGCCUAAGGCUUCUAGGGGUAUGAUCUCAAGUCACUCUUGGGAGGUCGUCGCAAGCGGCAAGGAUGACUAUGCAGCGGUUGACCCUCGGAUGAAUUCCCUUGACGUGGCAGAGCAUGAAGACUUAAAGCAAUGGGAAAAUGAUUACUGACAGAAUUAUGUAGACAUGAUUUUUAAAU